CACCGACAUCAUGGAAGCUCCUGUCGAGCUCAGCGACACGUUCAAGCUCCUCCCGCUUGUACUCGAUCCGAACACAAAAGCCGUCUCCUCCUCCGACCAGUCCCUCGCCAAUGAACUCCUAGAACUGAAUCAAAUCCAUCGAGGCAUGUUAGCCGUCGAGAAUCCAUCACAAACACCACCUCCCCCGGCACCCGUCAACCCAAAGAGAUCAGCACAGAUCACGAAGCUGAAAGAGGAGGGCAACAAACUGUACAAGAAAGCAUCAUACACCGAAGCCCUGCAAAUUUACGACCUGGCGAUCAAGAUGGCAGCGGAAAGACCACCGUGGGAGGCGAGCGGACUUGUCCGUGAGGAGCUUAGCACACUUCACGGCAACAGGGCGCAAACUUUGAUGGCACAGCAUUCAUGGGCAGAGGCCGCAGUCGACGCGGAGAUCGCAGUGGAGAUGAAGAAGGUUGGAAAUGUUAAGGCAUGGUGGCGAAGAGGGCAGUGCUUGAAGGAGAUGGGACGAUUGGAGGAGGCUACCGAAUGGGUCAAGCAAGGACUGGACUUUGAACGAGCAGGACCGGACAAGCAAAACAUUGGUGAGCUGGAGACGCUGCAGCGGGAGAUCGCAAACGCGACGGGAGCUUGA